AUGGAUCCAAUCUUGAAGGAAAAUUUGGACCAUUGGUUUGAAUAUAAUACCCAUGAUGAAGCGGGUAAUUUGGAAAUACAAAAAUUAAUUGAUUCUGGCGAUUUUAAAGAAUUACACGAUAGGAUGGAUAAAAGAAUUGAAUUUGGUACAGCUGGUCUAAGAUCUAGAAUGGAGGCUGGAUGGAAUAGAAUGAAUAAGUUAACAGUGUUACAAGCCUCCCAAGGAUUAAGUUCUUUUGUCAUCAAGAAUCAAGGUACUGCUGAAAAUACGGCUAGUAUCGUAAUUGGCCAUGAUCAUAGAUAUAACUCGAUGGAUUUUGCUCAAAUUACAGCCAGUUGUUUUUUAAAUUGUGGGAUAAAAGUAUAUUAUUUAAAUACUGAUGAUGACACAGACACUUCCUAUGUUCAUACCCCGUUAGUUCCAUUUGCAGUUGAUCAUUUUAAAGCUUCUUGUGGUGUUAUGAUAACAGCUAGUCACAAUCCCAAAUUAGAUAAUGGUUAUAAAGUAUAUAAUAGCAAUGGAUGUCAAAUUAUUCCGCCAUAUGAUAAGUUAAUAGCUGACGAAAUUGAAAAGAAUUUAAAACCACGCGCAAGCAAUUGGGAUUUUAACAAGAGUGUUCGUAGCAGCAAUGCUUUUUUAUUCCAAAUGGUUAAGUCUGAGAUAACUGAAUUGUAUAUUAAGAAAUUGACAAAUACAUUGCUAUAUAAUGAGAAAGUGUUUAAUAGGGAGAACGCUAGCCAGCCAUUUUUUGCUUAUACACCAAUGCACGGUGUUGGGUACGAAAUAUUAAACAAAGUUUUAAAUGAUAAUAAAAUAAAAUUGGUUGAAAAUAAGGAUUAUGUAGUAGUACCAGAACAAUUACAUCCUGACCCUGCAUUUCCUACUGUAUCUUUUCCCAACCCAGAAGAAGAUCAUGCCUUAGAUAUGGGGAUUGCACUAGCUGAAAAAUUGGGGAUCCAUUUGGUAUUAGCAAAUGAUCCAGAUGCCGAUAGGUUUUCCGCAGCUGUUAGGCUGGUUACUCUUGAUAACAAAGUACAAUGGAAACAGUUAAAUGGGAACGAAAUAGGUAUUUUAUUUGCGCAAUACUUGCUAAAAAAAAACCAUGGUAAUAACCUUGCUAUGAUUAAUUCUACGGUUUCUUCAUCUUUAUUAAAAUCCAUGUCUAUAACGGAAGAUUUUAAAUAUGAAGAAACUUUGACAGGUUUUAAAUGGCUAGGAAAUAGGGCUAUUGAUUUAUGCAAAGAGGGUUAUAACGUUAUUUUUGGGUACGAGGAAGCUAUUGGGUAUAUGUUCCCAAAGAUGCUGCACGAUAAAGACGGGAUUCUUGCCUUGAUAGUUUUUUUACAAUUAUAUUUAGAGGCCAGUAAUAAUGACGUCAUAGCAAAUUUGGAGGAAUGUUAUUCCAAAUAUGGGUAUUACCAACAGCAUAAUGGAUAUUAUAAGAUUGAUGUAAAUAAUGAUAGCAAUGGUAUUGAUGCAAUUUUUAAUAAUAAGAUAAGAAAAUAUUUGCAAGAAAAUAAAAUAAUCAUGGAUGUUUUUAAAAUUAUAGAUAUCAGAGAUUUAACCAAGGGCUAUCAAAUGAGUACGCAGGGCAAUAUACCUGAUUUACCAGUGGAUGCAAAUAGUGAGAUGGUUACAGUUUAUGCUGAAAGUGAAAAGGGGGAUAAGAUUCGGUUUACGUUGAGAGGUUCAGGUACGGAACCUAAAUUGAAAAUAUAUAUUGAAUGCAGAUCGCCAAAUAGUUUAGAAGAUUCCAAAAGAAUCUGUGAUGAUGUUUGGGAAUGGAUUGGUAAUAAAUGGAUUGAUUAG